CAAAAUAGUCCCACGAAAAUAGCGAGCGUAUUUAGUGUUUAUUUUUUAUAAAAUUUCGUUGGAAGGUCUGACGAUCACGGGGCGCAUGUUGAGCAGAGGUCGCAUUGAGUCGUGACGAAGCUCGAAUCGCAUGAGCCAGCAUGGCUAUGGCUGCUGCAGCGUACGAGCUAGAUGCGGAUGGAACAAAGUUCAUUCCUGCAACGCAGCGACCUGACGGUACAUGGAGGAAGCCCCGACGCGUCCGCGACGGCUACGUGCCCCAGGAGGAGGUCCCGCUCUAUGAGAGCAAAGGCAAGCAGUUUAAGGCUCGCCAAUCCACUGGACUCCCAGUUGGUCUAACCCCGGAAAUUGUGGCCGAGGCUCAGAAAAAGAAAUCUGGCACCAUACAGCCCAUACCGGGCAUGAUUAUUAAUGUUGAAAAGAAAAAGAAGAAGAAAAAGAAAUCAGGUGCUGAGGAAACUGCAGAAAAACUUGCCAAAUGCGAAAUAACAGAACCCACAUUCAACAGUCCCUCCCCCUCCCUCUCAGCUGCCGGGACCACUGACCCCGCCAAGCGGCUCAAAAACCUACGAAAAAAACUCAGAGACAUAGAAACUCUGGAAGAAAAAGUCAAAUCAGGCGUCCUCAAGACUCCGGACAAGGAUCAAAAGGAGAAAAUGUCAAAGAAACCCUCAAUCUUAAAAGAAAUAGAAGUACUAGAGAAAGAAGUCAGUGAAUGAAGCCAAAUGGAUUAUGUGUAAUUUAAGAUUUUAAAUCAAUUUUGUUAUUUUCAACAUGAAUUGUUGUCACAUGGCGACAUGGCAAUACAUACUGAUGAAAUUUCUUUAAAUCAAAUUAAAUUAUUUACAAGAA